AAGCUUUUAAGGACAAACGCAUCUGUCAUAAUGGAACUUUUGAAGUCCAGUGUCGGUCAUCACAUGGAGAUGCGCUACCGUAGCGAUGGAGGCACUUGUACUAGUAGAUCAACUUUUGCGAUCACUAUAUACUUAGUCACAGUAGCAGAAUUAGGGAAAAUAUGCUGCUCAAAGCGAUUGCACUUGGUUGUGCAACUUCUAGCAACACAACGAAAACAGCACAUCAACUCUCUGUCUCUACUCCUGGAGAUGAUAAUCUCUGUUUUAUUUCUACAGUUCCCAGUUUCGACGUUUCUUUACACCCAACAUGAUCAUGAAUGUACGUAGGUACAUGAAUAGUACAUUGUAAUAUUUCGUCCGCGCGACACCGUGGAGCGACCUUCCUAAGAAUAUAAAUAUGCAUACGUUUGCUGACGUUGAAACCCCCAAGAACCUAAAGUACUAUUAGUCACAUACGCGAAGAAGUUUCUGAUCGCCGAGCAGGAGGACAUCAAGAGGUGAUUUGUAUCAAGUUCAAGUGAAUCUGUUCAAUGAAAGAGCUGCAAAUAAUGUCGAAGCACGAGUCAAGCACGUUGACGCACAUGGCCAGCGCGGGCGGCCCCGCCAACUUGUCAGAGGGUUUGCACAUUCCGCACCCCGCGACGCAGGUGUCGACCUCCGGUGCACGCGGGGUCGGGGGCGGAGGUGCCCCCGGUUCGCAACUUCCCAACGGCGCGCCACAAGUAGCCGACGUGCAGGUGACGGGGAUGCGGCACGGCAACUUUUCCCGGCGCCGCCAGAACCACGCCAUCUACGACCACAAAAAGGACAGCUUUAUAGAAUGGGUCCGCGGGAUACUGCGCACCAGCUUCGACCUGGACACGAUGGACACCAGCAUCCCCAUUCUGCUCCAACAGGUGGAGGAGCUGGUCCGGGAGCACAUCGAGCGGCACGAGGACAGCCGGCUGGCGCGCAUCGUGCCCGACGUGGCCACCUUCUUCACGCCCCUGAAGCUCCGAGACGCGUUCCUGAUCUACAACAAGAAGUACCGGAUCACGCGGCGACGGUUUGUGUACCCCACCUUCAACGAGAUUCGCCACGUGGUAAACCUGGCCCAGGUGCUCGGCCUACCCACGCUGAAGCUCAUGACCUUCGACGGGGAUCAGACCCUGUACCCGGACCAGAAAAACCUGGAAGAUUUGUUCCUGGCACAGCAGCUUCUGCAGCUGCUGCAGGCAGGAGUGAAGAUCGCGCUCGUGACCGCCGCUAACUACGGCCUGAACGGGGAAAAGUACGAGACGCGACUGCGCGUGUUGCUCGAGUAUUUCUCCGCGAAGAACCUGUCGCGGGAGUACGUGGAAAAUUUCUACAUUGUCGCUGGCGAGUCUAUAUGCAAUGCAACAGCAUCGUACUCGUAUAAGUGCAUUACAAAUUUCCUCAGGAUGAGAAAUAAAAUUUGUAAUGCUGAUUUACCUUCAGGAAAAAAUUUGUAAUGCAUGAUUGCAAUUACUACGAGCGCGGCACCUUUGCACAGCAUAGUCUAGCUACCUGCUGAAAAUCGGGCCCGACUACCGCAUCCACCCGGCGCAGGAGCAAUGGCCGAUAAAAAACGAGCGGAGCUCCUUGACCACCAGUAGCAGCAGCAGUGUGGCCGCGGCCCGUAUGGUCCCGAGUAACAUAACACAGAAAAAAGUGAUACCGGAACAAGUAGGAGUGUUCCCGGUAGAAGAACAAAAAUUGGUAGAAGACGGCGAGGACUCAGCAAAUAACCGCGGGUCCACCAAUAGCAACUCGUCCGCCGCACAGCUGGACAACAUGCGGCACGUGCUGGACGCCUGCGAGGCCACGCUGCGGCAGGGUAUCUACGAUCUAAACAUGAAGGCGCAGAUUCUGCGGAAGGCCACCUCGGUCGGGUGCAUCCAGGCGCACUUCAAGGAGCCCGGACGGGAAAACCACUACUUCAGGCGAGAGCAGCUGGACGAGCUGGUGUACCGCCUGCAGGAGACGCUGAUCGAGAACCGGGAGCGGAUCCACUUUCCCUACUGCGCCUUCAACGGGGGGAACGACGUCUGGUUCGACAUUGGCAACAAGAAGGAGGGCAUUCAGGGCCUGCAGACGCUGCUGGGCGUGGAACCCUGCCAGUGCCUGCACGUGGGCGACCAGAUGGCACGCACGGGGAACGACUUCAUGGCCCGAUUCAUUUCCCCGGUUUGCUGGAUCGUGGACCCUUCGGAAACGAAAAAGAUCCUCAAGCACGUGCUCCGCAAGCUCGGCAUAACGUCGCACCACCGCUCGACGUCGGCAGACAACAUAGCGCCGGUCGGCAGUCAGCAGCAUCUCCUGCUUUCCCGUGAUGUCAGCAACGCGUCGCAGUCGGCGAUGCUGGGGACGACGGCCGCGGGUAGUGCAACUCCUGGGAUGAACAAUCUUGUCGCCGCCGGGGGGACGAGCGGCAACAACUUCUAUGCGCAGCAGGCGAACGGACCGCCGUCCUCUGCGGGUUCCUCCAAGAACAAUCUCGCCGCAACAUCGUAUAGUACUCAACAAAAUUAUGGCCCAGCAGGUGGCGCGACGUGGUCGACGUCCAAGAGAUCUUCCAAAGGCUCCAACUCGCCUCAGACCGCCUGGGGUCCGUCUCCAAUCUCGAUAGUGCAAGGACAACAGCACGGUGGAGGUGGUAACCUCGAUCGCGAUCGGAGUCGCAGUUCCUCGCCCAAGUUCCAGGCCGGCGCGCCACCUCCACGACUGUCAAAACUAAGCUCCGUGGGCUCGAAGGAUGGCCCCCUUUCCACCACGAGCAUGGCCGGACGAACGAUCGAGACGCAAUUCGAGCUCCCCUCCCACGUGACCGGCAUUCCCACCUCCCCAGAACACCCCAGCCGCCAAAGUCAGGAAAUACGCUCUUCCGUCUCCCGUCUGCUGGACGCUACGGCGACGGAGGCCGAGAUCGCUAAAGCAAAAGAAACCAUGAUUCGAUGGUCCCCCUCCCAGGAUAGCAGCGAAGGCAGCAGCACUCCCGAGUGCACCCCGAGGAAUGACGAGGAGGACACCGCUUUUUUCGAGCAUAACGAGCAAGGCACAGCUUUUUACACAAGGUCGGGAACUGGCACUACUGGCGCACAGCAGACGGGCGAAAGAAAUUUCUAUGCAGGAGCCGAUGGAGUAUUUUUUAUCUACUUCGUUCUGCGGUGCAUAGUAGUUCUUGUCGGAAUGUUUAUGUUUUCCAAUGGACCUCGACGAGAGGAGAAGAUAAGGCAAGAAUGAAUACGAACUCAUUUCAUUUUUACUGUAAUUCGCGUGCAAAAAUUUUUACACCAGGACCCCGCGAAGCUUUCACUCGUCGUGCAAGACGCCGCACAGGACCCGCUUGACGAGGGUAUCAACGAAAUGACAACGCAGUGGCAGCGACGCGAGCGCGCAAUGCGUGAGAAAUCUGGAAACACAUAGCAGGCCGGCUACCAUGUUUGAUCAAGAUACGAUUGGCCCGGGCACCCUUGUUGUGCUCAGCAAUUUUUGUUGGUGCGCCCGCAAGUACUAGUCCUGAUUGCGAAGUAGCCUCCGUGAUGACGAUUUGAUUUUUCGCUAAAGUGUUUCGGUAAUAUCCUAACUUUCACUUGUGCUCGCAGGCAACCCGCAUGGUGGCGAUGAACUAUGUUUUUUCAUUUUCCCCCCGUCUAUUUGGGGCGAAAAUUGUAAUACUUGGUUUCGUGCUGUAUUGCAGUACUUCUGCUUGCACUCUAAGUUCUUAAAGACCACUUGACAUCCAGAUCCACUAAAAACCAUGACUCAGUUUUAGUGGCAUGAAAAUGCCAGUAGGCUUUCUUUCAGCAUCUUUUCAUUUUGUCUGAAUUUGGUUUUGUAUUUGUUCGCAAUCGAUAUCAAUCACAUCACAUAAAAAAAAGACCGGAUCCACGCGAAUUGUACUCGUCACACGCCAGAUCACGAUCGGCCUCGCAGAAGAUUCGCAAUCUCGAUGACCAGUGUUCUGUUUCAUUAAGGAGCAAUACUUAUUUUGCGGAGAUGUUGUGUAUUUUGUUUUUGAAAAGAUAACACGAG